AUGGACAUCGACGACAUUCUUCGCGAGGUCGACCCCUCGCUCGACUCGAUUCCUCAGGAGACGCGCGAUCUACAGAGCUUGACGCGCGCCUGGGUUGCGGAACGAUCCGCGCCAGAGCUCCUCGAUUGGCCAUCCGACGGCUCCUUGGAACGGAUCAAUGCUCGCGUGAAGGCGCAGAUCGACAAGGUCGAGGAGAUGACUGGCGACAUGGACCCAAAGACAAAUUUCGCCCUGAUUGUCAUCCAGACGGAACUUGAGCGCUUCAAGUACCUGAUUCGCAGCUACCUGCGAGCGAGGAUUGCCAAGAUCGACAAACACACCUUGCACUAUCUCUCUACGCCUGAAUUACGAGCACGCCUCUCUCAGACAGAGCUAGCGUACGCGACUCGGCACCAGGCAUUGCUACACAACCACUACUUAUCGUCGUUUCUGGCGUCCUUCCCGCCGGCCCUCCAGAAUUUGAAUGAUACCUCUGGAAAUAUCAGCAUGAUCGAUACCCCGGACCUCGAUACUGCCGUAUUCAUUCGCAUCCUCAAGGACGCCAUUGUCGAGGGUCGUGGCACAGACGAAGAUGGCGGCAUGAACGGCAAAAUCGGUGAUAUCGCCAUAUUGAGAUGGUCGGAUGCGAAACCACUCAUUCAAGCUGGCUCUGCGGAGCUCGUAUGA